UUCACCUCCAACUUUUCAACUCACAGCCCACACCGCGUCAUAUAUUCCACCCCGAGGACUAAUAAACUUCUUUUCUCGAAGGGUACUGAUCCAUCACAAAACUAACAACCACCGAAUCCUGAACCAACCCAAUAACGCGCGAGGCCUAUCCCGAAGAACUUCUUAUAACUUUAUAACCUCAAUACGAAAAAUAAAAAAAAAAGAGAAAAUAUAAACUAAGGCCCCCAAAAUGGUCCGCGUCAAACACCGCUACCUCCUCAUCGAUAUCCUCUACCCGGAACCCUCCUCAUGGCCCUCAAUAGCGCCCAAAAACGCACCACCACAUACACAAUCCCAACUACGGAUCCACUCGCCCACAUCCGACGCCCUAACACCGAGCCUACUCGCGAAGAUGGUCCGCGAGGAAGUCGCGGAGAUAUUUGGUGAUUGGGGCGUGGGGAGAUUAGGUGGUGUAGGCGCUGGGGGUGUUAGUGUUAAGUAUCUGUCGCCUGCGACUUCGACGGCUAUUAUUCGGUGUCCGCGCGCUUCGUUUCGGCUUGUUUGGACGGCGCUUACUUUUAUGUCGAGGGUGCCGGAGUUUGGAGAUAGGGGUCGGGCAAGGCGGGCGGAUGUUACGUUGACGAGACCGUGUGUUUUUCGAGUUAUUAGGGUGUCUGGGACGAUUCGGAAGGCGGAGGAAGAGGCGAUUCGAAGGGCUAGGAAGGAGAUUAUUCGGUUGAGAGGUGCGGAGGAGAUUGGGGUGCUUGAGGGUUUGGUUGGUGGGUUGGAGGGAAGCUCUGCUGUUAUGGAGGGUGUAAUGGAAGAUGAAGAGGACGCUGAUAUGGUGAGCGAUGGGGAGGAUUGAUUGUCUACUAUGAUGGUGAUGUUGCUGUUUGGGGGCGCUUUUUCUUGUUUUGAUUCAGAGAUACCCUAUGAU